UAAAACAAAAUUAUUAGAAUAAACAAAAUUGUUAUGCGUACUUUUCAGCAGUGUGGCAACCCAAGUUUCAGUUUUUGUAGAGAACGCUAAUGGAAAGAGCUGUGUUUUGUGAAAAAUAACAUAAGUUAAACAACUGACUGAGAGGAUAUAGAGGGGCGCACUUGAACAGCAGAAUAUGGGCAAGAAUAUACCUGUUCGUUGGUUGGAUUACAGCCCUAUUGGUGAACGCAUCUUCGGGACUCGUUUCAUUGCUUUCAAAGUGCCGCUGCUUCCGGAGGUUAACAACUUGGUUCGGGAGGAACAGCUCCGCCUGGACCCUGAGAUGCUGGUAAAGCGUGUGCCAAAUUUGGGAUUGAUCAUCGACUUAACAAAUACUAACCGUUACUACAAUGGCGAGGAUUUUAAGAAGCAUAACGUGGAACACAAAAAGUUAAUGAUACCAGGCAAGCAAACACCCAGUCCCACCUUGGCCAAGACAUUUCGUAACUAUGUUAAGGAAUUUUUAAAUAACAACAAAGACAAUGAUAAACUGAUUGGCGUCCAUUGCACACACGGCGUAAACCGCACUGGGUACCUCAUAUGCUACUUCAUGGUUACUGAACUGAGAAUGUCACCUACCGAGGCCAUGCAAAAAUUCGCAGCUGCACGUGGCCACCAAAUCGAACGUAUAAACUAUACAGAUGCAUUGCAGAAACUAUCGUCACAUCCCCCCAGGGCUCGUCGCCACAGAAGUCCCAGCUACGAAACGGAAAACCGAGAUUAUGUAGGCGACAGUUUCUCAAGAGGGCGAGAUGCCACCGCUCCGCAGUCUGUGAGAUCCAAUCGGAAAAUGCCCAGCUGGCAAAUUGAGCAGCGCCAACAUUUGGAGAAGACGCGCCGGGAACAAGAAAGCCAACCAGAUUACCGGGAGUCAGGGAGCCAAUGGAAACAAUAUCCGGACAAUCGGCAGCGCUACCGGCAACCAAUUGGUCAGUCUGGGUACCAACGACGUCAGUACCAACACCAACAGCAACAGCAACAGCAACAAGGGUACUACCAGCCAAGAACGCAAAGUCAUUCGUACUAUAAAGUACAGAAGCCUUAUGGGUUCCAAAAUUGGCGUCACCAGAAUUCUUACGAAUCAGAGGAACCUAAAGCUUCGCAGCAACGAAGAAACUGGCAACACAAACAGCAAACACAGGGACCUGAUCAACGUCGUUACUCCUGGCGUAAAUCAAAUUCAGAGCAAUGGCAAUAAGUUCAUAUGCAUAAAUGUAUAUACAAUACACUAGAGUAGCAAAUGCCGCGUUCUGAACUGUCAAGUUUAUUUACAUAGUUUGUAAUGCAACUGCCUGAAUUGUCAAGUUUAUUUACAUAGUUUGUACAAUAUGUAACGGAUGUAAUAAAAAAUGCGCUAAAUUGGGAUCUCUUCA